AUCAAAGAACAUGACCGUUGUGCGGUUACGGUUGACUUUUGUAAAAUACAACAAUUAACUUAUCUCUUUAUCACAAACAAAGUUAUUGAGGUUUCUGAAAUUUAGAAUUCCAAAUGCCUAUAAAAUAAAAUGGUUGACGCAAUAAGAAAUUUUUCUACUUGGGAAAAUCAUUCGAAUUUUGAUGCUAGCAAAAAAAGUUGGUAUGCAAAUUGGGGAAAAUCAAAUGGAGUAUCUACUGGUGGAAUGGGAAAAGUUUUACACGGUCAGCCACCAUCUCGUCGCAGUUUUGAAGAUAAAAAUCGCUCAAGGCCAAACUACAAUAACGAGGCCCAGGAUAUUGAGCCCGCUUUUAAAGUAAAGCCAUCCUAUAUACCAAAACAAAUUAUGCAUCGACCAUUUACUGGGAAGUGUUGCUCAUGCUUGCCUGUCAGUCGAUCUGCUUUCCUUACCGAAGAGAUGGAAAAGAAGCAGUUAUUUAAUUUAAUCGAUGUUUCUACAACACAAAACAAAAGCAUGUUGACUCGGAAAUUUUCUUAUUUGGCUUUUGCACUACAAAAGAAAAUGCCCUUUACCUAUCCAGAUGUAUCACACGAAGUGCUGUCAAGUUCUCGCGUCCUUGAUGCCAUCAAAGAAUCAGCUUUAAGAGAUUGUCCAGAUAAUGAUAACGACUUAGAAGAUUCACAAUUAGAAGAACAAAUCAGAAAGCAUACAAGAAGAGCAAGAAAAAUUAUAGAUGGAAUGCAAGCGCGGAUUUCAAAUGCAAUGCUAAGGCUCGCCGGAUGGUUUCUUCAUCAUUUUUUUAACAAAUUGGUAUCAUCGGUCACAGUUCACCAAGGUCAAGUUGAUAUGCUUCUUGAGGCAGCAAAGCAAGGAAAACCUAUCAUUCUACUUCCAACACACAAGAGUCACGUGGACUACUUAUUAGUUUCAUGGCUACUAUUCAAGUACGGUAUUAAAGCACCGCACGUAGCAGCUGGCGAUAAUUUAUCAAUACCCUUUUUUGGUUGGCUCUUGAACGGUCUUGGCGGUUUCUAUAUACGGCGGAAACUUGACCCAAAAAACGGAGUGAAAGAUAUAGUUUAUCGAUCAGUCUUACACGUUUACAUACAAGAACUUUUGAGACGAAAUGAAAAUUUUGAAAUCUUCUUCGAAGGAGGAAGAUCCCGAAGUGGAAAGAUUUGUUACCCAAAAGCGGGAUUAUUAUCUGUCAUUUUGGAUUCUUUCCAUGAAGGCGUAUUUGCUGAUGCUUUGAUCGUUCCGGUAUCGAUAAAUUAUGACAAGAUUUUGGAUGGUAACUUCAAUAGAGAGCAAAUGGGUAAAAGAAAAAUAAGCGAGUCCUUCUUUAUAGCUGUGAAAUCGAUAAUCUCUGUGUUUUGCAUGCGAUAUGGAAAUAUUCGUCUAGACAUAAGUCAACCGUUUUCGCUCAAGGAGUUCGACGCUAAUGCGCCUCGUAAUUUAAGACGACGAGACGACAGUAGCGUUAGUUUAAACAGUUCCUACAAUAGAUGCUCAUCUCCCGCCGAAUCGCCUGUCAGCGACUCUUCCUCGCCUGUAUUUGAACGAUCUCUUUCCUUUAAGAAUCGGCAUCGACAGAGCUCUGCUUCUCUUUAUGGAACCGAUAUGGUAGUUCAAGAGCAGCAGGAUCGUAACGAGGUACUAGCCCUUGCCGAGCACGUCACUUACUCUACCGUGGUUAGUCAAUCCGCAAUGAGUACACAAUUAGUGGCGUUUCUUCUUCUAGUCAAGUUUAGAAAUGGAGUGUACUUUUCUGAACUUUGUCGAGUGUUUGAAAAGUUAAAGCUUGAAGUGAACAAAAGAGGAAGAGAUGUAGGUUUUUCGGGGGAAACUAAAGACGUUGUAUUAUUUGCUUGUCGCCUAUUGGGAGAAGAGCUUAUGCAAGUGUCUAACAGUAUCAACAAUAACGAUAUUAAAAAUGUUGGAGAUGCUGACUUUUUCAUUAAACCAAUUACAACUCUGCCAACUGUUUUUGAGUUGACCUAUUACUCCAAUCCCAUUACAUACAUUUUUGCCCUGGAAAGUAUUUUAGCUACAGUCAUCUGGUCAAAAAUACCUGCUGAGAAAAAGAAUUCCGAUGACGAAUUGAAUUUUGAAUUGUCUGAAGAUUCAAUUAUCGAAGAGGCGACUGAUUUAUGCAAUUUGCUCAAAUACGACUUCAUUUUAUGCCCCGCAUGUAAAGAUGUUAGAGAGAUGGUCGAAUCAGCAGUGCAAUCGUUUAUCGAAAAGGGAUUAUUGCAUACAAUUGAAGAAGCGAAAAGUCAAAAUCAAGAUAAAUUGUGGAUGAAUCGAGUAGCUAAUGAUUUGGGAUUUGAAAGUUCAGGAUCAGAUGGCGACGAUGUCGAUUUCAAAUGCAGGAAAUACAAGCUCAUACUCGGUCGUGAUAAGGUUAGUGACCGACUUAAGUUUUUGAAGAAAGUACUCGAAAGUUACUUUGAGUGUUAUACGAAUGUUUCAAAAAAUCUGGUUAAAUUGCGAGAAGGUGAUAAGCCAGAAUUGGAUUUUUUGAAAGAAGUACACGAAUCGUUGAAAGAUAGCGCAGUAAAUGGUAAGCUGCGCUUUCCAGAGUGCGCUGCUCUUGACAUUGUGAAAACAUCUUUAAGAAGUUUUCAUAACCGAAAGGUGAUUGAUUUGUAUCUAGACGAAACGGUGCGUAAAUGUGGCCUAUCGAGAACUUAUAGAAGAAAGGAUCGUUUGGACAAAAGAAAAACCGAUUAUGACCAAGUUGCGAAUGCAGCGCGCGAAAAAACAGUAGCGGUUAUCCAGUAUCGUAUCAGAAGCGGAAUGGAAAGAUCCCUUUUGAGAAGAUGUCCUAAUUGCGGUAUUAGCGUUAAAGACGAUAAAAAUGACGGUAAAAAUGAAGAAGAAAAGGAGCUUAGUGGCUUACCAAAGGAUUUUUAUGAUUUUGCAUCCAAAUCAACUUUACACGGUCUGCGAAACGUUUCCGAUGGUUCUCGUAACCAAUUACGAAGGGUUAUAUGGUUUGCCAUAGUCGUUGCUGGUUUAACACUUCUACUUUAUUCGUUAAUCAGUCAAAUAGUACUAUAUUUUCGUUACGAAGUCACGACUUCUAUUAAUGUUAAGGAAAUGAGCGAAAUGCUUUUACCGGCUGUGACCCAGGUUUUACAAGCUCUUCAAGAGCUGACUCACCAAGCUGAACAAAUGAUACUUUCCUGCUCUUUUAAUAACAUAUUAAUUGAAGAUUGCCACAGUAUGUUCGUACCUAUGAUAACGGAUGCUGGAAUUUGUUAUACGGCUUCAUAUAAUACUUCUUUUAAAGCCAGAGAACUUAGUACUGACAAUAACCUAGUUAUACGUUUAAACGUGGAAAAUGAAGAAUAUUAUUAUGGGGAAAGUUCAACGGCUGGUUUCCGUAUAUUGAUUCACAAUCGAAUGGAUGAAGAGCCUUUACUUAUAGUACGACGAGCUUUUUCAGUAGCUCCUGGUACUACAACAUUUGCCUCGGUUCACUUGAAUAAAAAUAUCAGAAUGGCUCCACCUUAUGGCAAAUGCAGACCUGAAAAUUCGUUAUCUCUCCGAUUAGCUUAUUAUAAAAAUUAUUCCCUCGAACUAUGCAAGCACGAAGCCCGGGCUAACUUUACGGUAGAAACCUGCAGGUGCCGUUGGUACAACGAUCCUGGUACUUUUAUAAUAUGUCAAAGUCUAGAUGAACUUUUAUGCGCCAGACAAGCUAGAGAAAAAUUCUCAUCACUACCAAACGUCUGUAAAUUGGCUUGUAUCUCUGAAUAUUACGACGUAAAAACAUCUAUAGCCCUAUUCCCUGGCCAGCAUAUAAUUAAUGAUUUACAGGUUAAAUAUAACGUCAGUGAGGAUUAUAUAAGUAAAAACUUUGCCGAAGUUCGAAUUCAAUACGAUGAUUUAGCUAUGACUGUUAUUGAACAGAAGGCUGUCUAUGGUUUUACAACUUUAUUUGCAGAUCUUGGCGGUCAAAUGGGUAUAUGUUUAGGAGCUAGUUUAUUAAGUAUAGUGGAAAUUAUCGACUUUAUAGUAACCGCUUUCUUACGGAGAAUAAACAACUGA